AUGCCCGCGCUGGUCAAACUCCAGAAAUCCCUGGAGCAUCUUUUGAAGGAAGUGGAGGAGGUGAAGAAGCGUGAGUCAGCGGAAAGGAUGAAAACCCAGGAGUGCAAGGAGAUGGUGAAGAAAAAGCGGGAGAGAAUUGUGAGCGAGUUUGGGAAGCUACAUCGGCUGCUGGCCGAUGAGGAGAAGCUGUUGCUCCAGAAGCUGGAGGAGGAGGAGAAGCAGAUUCUGCUGAUGAUCAAUGAAAACCUGGCCAACCUGGUGGAGCAGAAAUCCUUGCUGGAGGAGCUGAUCCUGGAGAUAAAGGAGAAGACCCAGCAGCCAGCCGACAGGCUGCUCAAGGACAUGAAAAACAUGCUGAGCAGAUGCGAGGGAGUAAAGCUCCAGUCCCCCAAGGCUGUGUCUGUGACCCUGAAGGAAAACUACAGCAUCCCUGAGCGCUGCAUGGGCAUGAGGGACAUGCUGAAGAAGUUCAAAGUGGACGUGACUCUGGACCCUGAGACGGCGCACCCGGAGCUCACCCUGUCUGAGGACCGCAAGAGCGUGCGGCGUGGGAGCAAGAAGCUGAUUCUGUCCCUCUUCGACAACCCCAAGAGGUUUGGCACCACGCCAGUGGUGCUGGGGAGUCAGGUCUUCUUCUCUGGCCGCUCCUACUGGGAGGUGCAGGUGGGGGACAAGCCUGAGUGGGGCUUGGGGCUGUGCAGGGAGUCUGCCAGCCGGAAAGGCAACGUCCUCUUCUCCCCGAACAAUGGCUUCUGGGUGCUGCGGCUGCAAAAUGGGGGCAACUAUGAGGCCCUCACCUCGCCCACCUCCCCUCUGACCCUGAGUGUGAGACCCCGGCGCAUUGGGAUCUUCCUGGACUAUGAGGCAGGAGAAAUCUCCUUUUACAACGUGAGCGAUCGCUCCCACAUUUACACCUUCACCGACAAGUUUUUGGGGAACCUCCGUCCUCUCUUCUUCCUGGGUGCCUUUUUGGGGGGCAGAAAUGCAGAGCCUUUGGUGAUCUCUUGGGUCAGGGACACGCAGGGGACGGGGUGCAUCGUCCUGUGA